AUGGACCCGACGCCAGAGAUCGAGUCUUCCGAUACCAUCGACAAUGUCAAGGCCAAGAUCCAGGACAAGGAGGAGUGUAAGAAAGCCGUUGGUCUGCUAUGCGCCGCCGCUACGCGAAUCCUCCGCAGGCCUGCGCCCGAGGUGGAGUCUACCGAAGCGAUCGACGAUGUCAAGGCCAAGAUCCAGGACAAGGAGUAUAGAAAGGAGGCAUCCAGGGCCGG